CCCGAGUGAAACUGCAACACCCCCGGCUGUGCGGCGCCGCGUCCUCGUGAAAAUGUCUCAAAAUAAAGACGACCUCGCGUCCAGCAACAAAAAGACCAUGUCCCUCCCCAUCUCCAGGGUGAGGCUGAUCAUGAAGAGCUCCCCGGAUGUGUCCAGCAUCAACCAGGAGGCUCUGCUCCUCACCACCAAGGCCACGGAGCUGUUUGUGCAGCAUCUGGCGGUCUCAUCGUUCAACAACGGAUCUGGGAAGGAAACCAACUCGUUGUCCUACAGCGACCUGGCUGACACCGCGGAGGAGACCGAGACUUUAAACUUUCUCACAGAUAUCCUGCCUAAGAAGAUCUUGGCUCGAGAUUACCUCAGAUCUUUGGAGGAUUUUCAAGAAGAGGAUGCUGACUUUUAAACCAAGUACACUGGAUGCAUGUCACGUUCGGAUGGAUCAGAUGAACAAGUCCUGCCUCUCACUGAAGUGACGGGCAGGAGAGGCACCCUGAACUCUAUCAGUGCUUUUUCAAUGCAUUGACAGAGUUCAGUUGUCGGGCUUUGUGGGAAAAGUUAGUAGAUGUGGAUCUGAAAGUAAAGCCACACAGGGCUGAACACAACAAUCAAAGAGUCUUAGAGGAAACUAGAAGCUGUACUGUAUAUCUAUGAGUAAAAAAAUGGAUGCCAGCAAGGUGAAUGUGUAUUUCUGCCCAGAACCAGGCAGCCUUAGACGAGUCUUAAUGCAACCAUCCCUUAACUUUCCUGCAGAGCUGAUUACCUCUAUAGAGAGUGCUGUUAAAAGUACUGCUAAUGUAGAAGUACUGGUAAUGCUCAUUAGUGAUGAGCGGUAGAUCUGGAGCAAGAAGUGAUUUUGCAUGUGGCCUGUAAUCAAUCAGACAUACUGAAGAUUUAAUGGUCCCAGUGAUUUGCAUGCAAAACUAUCAGGAAGGGUGAAUAGUUUUUUACCCCAUAUUGCAGAGCCCCCCCCCAUUCACGGAAAACAUAGCAAGAGUUAACUCCACAUAAUUGUCUCAGCAGAGUUUUAAUUGCCUCUAAAAUAAUACAAUAUAAGCAGGUUAUUUUCGAGAUGCUGUCUAACACUGGUUUCCAAGUGAAAUGUACUGAUGUGAACAUUAUGCACGAUACUAUCAUUUUAAAUAUAUAUAUUUUCCUAACGCUAACCCUUGAGUUGUGAUUCCAGAGACCAUAAAUCCCUCUAUUUUGUAGCGUCACUACAGAACAGCUGAAAAAGCUGCGUCUUUCCAAAUGAAAAUUCACCCUCAGCCUCACUGGUGGUGUGUAACAGGCAUUUCCUCCUUUUACAAAAGUGUUUAGAUUUGAUAAUAAAAUAAAGCAAGUUGAAUAAGUUUUA